CAAACUGUCUACUUCUUGUUUGUUUUGUGGCAAAAGUCAAAAGUGAAGCCCAACAAAUAACGUUAGGCCUUUAACACAGAAUGUACUUGCUUUGAAAAGCAUGCAUUUUUUGCAUAAAUUUACUUUAUGCAAAAAAAAACUGGAACAUCGCAUAAAACAUUUGCAAAUAAAGCAGCAUUUCCAUCCAUUGAGCCAAAGACAACAAAAUCGACACUUCCUGAUAAACUUGCACUAAACUUCACUGUAGGAGAAGCCACUGAAUAUAAUAAUUUUCAUAUAUUAUAAAUAGUUUGCACCUCAGAGAGAGCAGACAAAACCCAAUAAAUGCAGUCAUUGCUUUCAGAGACGGAUGCUGUCCUGUAAGACAAUUAUACAGAAAUACUUUGAUGACAGACUUUGCUCAGGCAUUUCAGAAUGACCAAAACACUUCUGAUGCCGAGCAAUGAUAUUUGAUCCGCUGGUUUGUCAAGUGCAAAGUUGCAUCACUUUAAAGAUUUCCAAGGAAGCUUUUGAUAAAUCACGUCUUGAAAACAAUGGAAGUGCAUUUGUUGGAGUUCUACAGUUCAAAAACAUAGGAAACAAGGAUGAAACUAAAAAUCAGACUAUUUUGAACAAUGAGGUUUAUGGAAUAACGAUGAGGGCCAAUAUCACCAACCUUACUAACAGUAUUGACAUGUUCUUUACAAAUAAUGAAAUGGAGCGUAAGGCAUCCUGCAGAUCUUGGGAUGGCAAAGGAGAACUUAACUGGACGACAUCUGGCUGUGAGACAGAAAUCAAUGGUAACAGCAUAAAGUGCUCCUGCUCACAUCUGACAUUUUUUGCAGUGCUGAUGAUCCCUCAGUCUCAGUCAGAUGCAAAUAAAACGGCGCCGCAUCUGGAAUCAUUGACUCUCAUCACUUCUAUCGGCUGCGGCAUCUCCAUGUUUUUUCUGUCCAUCGCUUUAUUCAUGCAUUUCCUGCUGCGGAAAGCCAAAUCAAAUCAGGCCACGAAGAUCUUGAUGAACAUGUUUGUGUCUUUGUGUCUACUGAAUGCUGCGUUUUUGUCAAACGAGAGCGUCGCUAACACACAAGACAACACUGCGUGCGUCUUCAUAGCGCUGGUCCUGCAUUACUCCAUGCUGGCCUCAUUCACCUGGUUCUUCAUUCAAGCUCUUCAUAUGUACUUAUGGCUCAUCAGACAGAACGUCACCAUCACAAACUACGUGAGGAAAAUCACCGUGUUGGGCUGGGGUGCUGGAUUACAAAUGCUUGCAUUCACUACAUAGUGAACAUCGGCUACUACACUUUAGUUUUCAUCUUAACGACAGGAAUCUUCAUCAUGAUUGUCACUAAGGUCAUUCAGGCCAGAAUCAUAAGAGCGACUGACGGCAAGAGAAAGACGUUCAGAAAGCAGCUGAUGAUGGUGUUGAGUUUGUUCCUACUCUUCGGUCUGACGUGGUCUGUGAUGUUCUUCAGUUAUGAACUCGUUUCAGGGGUUUUUCCUCUUCCUGUAUUACUACCACAUUCGCAAUGAUGUUGCGGGUCAUUUCUCAGAUGAUCCGGAUAACAACGACUCCAACACAAUCAUCUCUCAGUCCAGCAUUAAUGCUUUAGAAGAUUUUUAAAAACCAGC